AUGGAGCACAACGAUGAACUUUCUCCAAAAACAAACGUGGCCCUCAUCGUCGGAGUUACCGGCAUGGCGGGCAUUAGCCUGGCUGAAGCUUUAAAGAGUCCCGAAGCCCUCGGCGGGCCGUGGACAGUGUACGGCACAGCCCGCCAACAAAAGCCGACAUGGUUUCCGUCCUCAGCCACUAUAGACCACUUCAUCUCUUUCGACGCUUUAAGCUUCGAAGACACUCUUCAAAAACUCUCCCCCAUAUCACAACACGUCACGCGUCUCUUCUGGGUCGCCAUCCAAGUCCGCGACACUGAAGAAUCUAACAUCAAAGCCAAUUCGAUCAUGCUCCAAAUCGUGCUUAGAGUCCUCAACUCAUCAAAAAACUCCUCCAAACUCCGCCACGUAACCCUCCAAACCGGCACGAAACACUACAUGGGGCCCAUUUUCGACCCAACUCUCGGCGUCACCAAACUGGCCCAUCCCGACCCGCCCUUCGAGGAAGACGCCGCGAGAUUGCCAUAUCCAAACUUCUACUACGCUUUAGAAGACAUUGUAGCCCAAAAAGGGCAUUCCUUCACGUACUCCGUCCACCGUGCGUCGAUCAUACUUGGCGCUUCCGCGCGUAGCUUCUACAACAUGCUGGUCACGCUCUGCGUCUACGCCUCAAUCUGCCGGCACGAGAAUCUGCCGUUCAGAUAUCCCGGCACGAAGUACACGUGGGAGCACUUGUGCGACGCGACGGUUAAGGGAUAUGAAGAUAAUUCCCUAACUAAUUAUAGUUGA